AUGAACUACCCUGCCCCGGAGUCUCCGCGGAGCUCCCAGCCCGGGUCCCAGCCCUCCAGCCCCGAGGGCGGCCCGGCGGGGUCUCGGGUGCCCCCCGCACGCAGCCCGCAAGUCACCCCGAGCCGCGCGCACCGGCCCUUUGUCCCGCUGCUCUCGGCGCCGCGCUCCCCGCGCGUUCCGGCGGUGCCCCCAGCCCGCGCCCGCACUCACCGCGCCGAGCAGCCCGCCGGGGCCGCGGCUCGCCGCGCCGUUCAAACAGGUGUGGGCGCCGGGAGGCCGCGUGCGGCUCCCAUGCCUGCCCCGCGGCGCGACCGAGUGCGAGCAGGCGGGCGGGCGAGCGGCGCCGGCAGCGGGCGGGUCCGCCCCCCGCGCCUCGAGAGGCCCGCCCGCCCCGCCUCCGGCCUCGGGGAAGCCGCGCGGCCGCCGCCCGCCCCCCACCCCCGCACCCUGCCCGCGCCUCCGCCCCCGCCCCUCGCCUCCGGCCCUCCCCCAAGCGGGGGUCGCCGUGCGGUCCGCGCAGGUGGGCCCACGCGGCGCGGCGGCUGUCGCCGGUCCCGGCCUCUCCGCGCCAGUCCGCGCCGGUCUCGCGGAGGGCCCGCUCGGCCCGGGAGCCGCGCGCCUUCACCCUUCCGGCACCGCGCACCCCCGCGGCUCGGGCGCAGCCUCCGGAGCGAGCCUCGGGCCUUCGCCGCCUGCACUCAAAUGCCUGCUCGCGAAGACCGGGUGCCCCCCAAGGUGGUCCCCCAACCCCAGCCUAGCGCUAAGAGCGCGGGCUACACCUGGGGCGUGGGGAACACCUCGGCAAAUUGA